GCGCGCUCCGCCCCGAGUGGGCAUUUCCCCGAGCUUCUUUCGAUAUAGCAGCAUCUGGAAGCACAACGUACCGCCCUGCCACUCCAUGCAGGUAACCUUGGCACCGAGCCCCACCCCAAAUUUAUGGCGAGCGCUGCCUGUCUAGGACCAAAAGCCUGGCCUCCAUCAGCAGGGAUUGAGGAGUCCCCGCCUGACAAGACAACCUUCCCCUUGAUCCUUCAUUCUCUAGCCUCUGUAUUCCUGCUUUCAUACCUGUGGAGCUACACGUGUAGACCGUCUGACGGACGAUCGCCGUCUUUAUCCUGAUUUCGUGUUUGACCUUAUGGAUCAUCAAUAUAGUCUGAAUAAUGAAGACGAAAGUCAUUUCACGGCCACGCUCCAGCCAGGCGCUGAUGAUUCCAGGUAUCAGGAUGUCUCCCCCGAAGGCCACAGCGCGAAUACUCCGACAGAAAAAGAGACCGAGCGCAGUACUCGUCGUACGACCGGCUACAGUAUCCGCGCCCUAUUUCGUCGCCCCGCUACAUCUCCGGGGACCGAACAACCGGUGGUUGACCCUCAUGGACCUUUGGGGCUCCAUACUCUCUUUCAGCCCGAGAUGGGACAGUCGUGUCUGGUCGAUAUUGUGUUCGUCCACGGUCUAGGCGGCGGCUCUCGCAAGUCGUGGUCCUUAUCACCGUCAGAAGAUGGAUCAUUCUGGCCUCAGUCCUGGCUCUCACAGGAUGCAGACUUCCAGCAGACCCGAAUACACUCGUAUGGAUACGACUCUAACUGGGGCAAACGGACCAAGAGUAUUCUCAACAUCCACGAUUUUGCCCAAUCUCUGCUUGCCGCGGUGAAGAAUUAUCCACCGAUAAGACGCUCGGAGACGUCAAUUAUCCUUGUAGGGCACAGCAUGGGUGGCUGCAUUGUCAAAAAGGCAUAUGUUCUGGCACGACAGAGUCAUAUUCAUCAAGAUUUCGCAUCUCGAUUUCAUUCCAUGUUCUUUCUCGGCACUCCUCACCGCGGAUCAAACCUGGCGGCGACUCUCGGAAACAUCCUCCAAGUGACCUGGGGCUCGAAGCCAUAUGUGGAUGACCUAGCGCCAGACUCAGCGAUAUUGACAGCGAUGAACGAUGAGUUCCGUGCGUACGCGUAUGACCUGAACUUGUGGUCAUUUUUCGAGACUACACCUAUGCCCCGUCUGAACAGGCUAGUUGUUGAUAAAGUGUCCGCUACGCUGGGCUUCGGGAACGAAGAAGUGUCCUUCAUGGAUGCAGAUCACCGAAACGUCUGCAAAUUCCGGAACCAGCAAGACCCGAACUAUCGAAAGCUACGCAACAGCCUGUCCAGCGCAAUUGACAUGAUAAAGGUAGCAUUGAUACAGCCUCAACAGAGUGAUGAUCAAUACCGAGCCGUCAAUCGCAGAGGCUUGCAGAGCUAUCUGAUGCCAGUUGACAUGGACUCCCUCGAAGACGACCUCGCUACUCUGGAAGAAUUCAAAACUACGGGUUCAUGCUCUUGGUUGACGGAAACGGCUCAAUUUUGUUCAUGGGAAGACCGCAAGAGCAAAUCACCGUCCAUCUUCUGGCUGACCGGGGCUCCGGGAGCCGGCAAAUCUGUGCUCUUUUCCCACAUCUUGGAACACCUUACGACUCAGAAUAUCCAGUGCAGUUAUUACAUCUUUAAACACGGCAAAGCUGGAACGAGGACCAUCGCGUCUAUGCUCCUUACCCUAGCCUUUCAAAUGGCUGCUAAGGACGCACAGGUCAAGCGUCGAAUUCUGCAACUCGAGACAGAUGGCGUCAGUUGGGAAUCACACGACGAAAGAGCAAUUUGGCGGAAGCUCUUCUUGUCCGGAAUAUUCCAAUUGAGCUCUGUCACAGAACACUGUUGGGUGAUUGAUGGUCUCGAUGAGUGCGUCAAAUUUAUGAACAUCUUCAAGCUCGCGUCGCAAUUACCCGACGGACUUCGUAUAUUUGUCACGAGUCGGAGCUUGCCUGAGAUAGAAAGAGGCAUCAUUUCAUUGGGCCCACGAGCCUACGUCCAUGAAAUGACCGCAAGGGAUACUUCCGAAGACUUGCGGCUGUACGUCAACACCAUGCUUGACGAAGUCGCUUACCAGAAUGCAGCGAAACUCAUGGGGAGAAUUCUAUCGAAGGCAAACGGCUCGUUCUUGUGGACAAGACUAGUUGUUCAGGAUCUAGAGAUGGCUUUUACGGAAGAAGAGGUGGAUAACAUUCUCAACGACAUCCCAGAUGAUCUAUUUUCUGUUUACGACCGCAUCGUACGAAAUAUUCAGAGCGACCGACGGCGGACACGCUUCGCGAAAUCAAUUCUGACAUGGGUAUCACUUGCUACGAGGCCGUUGACAGUGAAGGAACUCCAGCACGGGAUCAAGUUAGACCUUCACGACACAACGCAACCUAUAGAAAGGACUAUCAUUGCAACUUGUGGACAGCUUGUCAUCAUCGACUCCAACUCACGCGUCCAAUUGGUUCACGAGACUGCCAGGGCGUUCCUCCUGAGCGAGGACCUGAACUCCGAGCUUGCAAUCUCCGGACAGUCUGGCCACGGUCAAUUGUCACGCCUAUGCCUUAAUUACCUAUGUGAUCACUUCAGAUACCCACGGGCGACCAUUAUGGCGAUGCCACAGAUUAAAAAGUCCGACCAGGUUCUCCAGUCCGAUUUGCUGUCAUAUGCCGCAUCCCAUUUCUCCGAGCAUGCUUUGAAGGCAAUUUCAGGAGACAUGGAAAUCCUCUCCGAGCUAAGAACAUUCUUCAGCUCUACUGUGCUUCCGUGGUUAGAGUAUCAUGCGCGGCAAGGAGACUUAAGCCCAGUCACACGAACUGCUGUGAAUUUGCGGGGCUAUCUCGGGAAAGUGAGCAAACAUGUCCCCCCGACAGAAGAAACCUUUCAGCUUGUCGAAGCCUGGAGCACAGAUCUGAUUCGAAUCUGUGCAAAAUUUCACAAUCAUCUACUCAGCUGCCCUUCGUCUAUUCAUCUCAUCGUACCAGGGCUCAGUCCAAUCAAUUCCGCGAUUAGUCGACAUUUUACCAAUGCUGUCUCAACUAUUGCUCUCAAAGGCAAACGGCAAUUGGAAUGGAAUGAUUGCUUAAUGCGCAUCGACUACGACGAAAGCUUGACAACUGCUGUUGGACAUGGCGAAAAGUACUUUGCCGUGGGGAGAUCAAACGGGAUUAUUUGUGUUUAUGACAUAUCAUCUCUGCAGAGCAGCAGGACUAUGCAACACCCCGGUCGAGUUACCUGCAUCGAGUUCGGGCCCGAGGACAUCUACUUGGGCUCUUCCGGAAAGGACCAAAUCAUAAUCUGGGACCCGAAAACGGGUGCUGAACUUCACAGGGUCCACAACGUGCAAGCCCUGGCAAUGCAGCUGACAUCGGAUUUUGAAGCUCGACUUGCCACAAAGUCCAGUCAGAUAAUCACACUCGGCGUCAAGUCCAAAAAGAUGGAUACCAUAUCGCUGACUGGGGCUAAUCCUUCUCCUUCAUUUCUCCCAAGUCAACCACCUAUGAAAGCCGCACUAUCCGUUUCAGAGCUCGGCAUGCUUGCCCUUUGCUACCGAAGCCAUCCAGUCAUGUUGCUCGACGCUCAAAAUGGCGCGUUGCUUGGCCAAUGCCAGGUUGGAUGGAAUAACGGCGUCAACUCAUUGGUUUUCAAUCCCAGAGCAGAUUUAGCCGCCCUGGUUGUGGCCUAUACGGAUGGUAAUCUUGUUGUCUACAAUCUCCACAACUUCGCCUCUACCUUCCUUUUGGAACACGUCUACGCUCAUUCACUAGCAUGCUCUUCUGACGGCCGAAGCCUAUUGUCCGGUAGCAACAAUGGAGUGAUUGAGAUCUACGAAUUUGCUGGUUUGGAAGGGAAUCAUCUGGAGCUGAUACACCGCAUCACAACAGGAGAACCUGACAUUCGAGGUAUGGCUUUCAGCAGCGACGGUCUAAGAUUCGUCAAUAUUUGUCCUAGCAGGUGUCGUGUGUGGGAGCCAGCAGCCCUUGUUCGCCGUGACUCAGAAUGGAUGAGCGCUAGCGACCUUAGCACAUUGGCACCUUUGCCGGCAAGAACUUCGACCGUUGGAAUGAUGCAGAAAGCUGGCAGUCCUUUAGUGACAGCUCUCGAGUCAAACAGCGAGGAAAAUAUCAUCGUCUGUGGCAAGGACAACGGCGACGUGGUCAUGAUCUCUUGUGAAGACGGGUCUGAGCUCGAGGUGCUCUACAACCACUCAAGAACUGUCUCUGUGGUUUCUAUUGCCAUUGAUCCACACAGUGGUACUGUGGCAUCCGCGGAUGACUCUGGACGCAUCAUUGUCACGAAAGUCGCACAAAAACGUCCGCGAUGGUCAAGGGCAGCAUCCCAUUUAGACAUACGGAUCGGGCGCGCCAUCCAUAAGAUCGUCUUAUCACCCACCGCCCAAUGGCUCGUGGUCAGCGGCGGCUCAACCGAUGAGAUCCGGGACGUCUCAGAUGGGAAGAUUCUCUCAAAAUUCGAGUGGCCUGAUAAAGGUAGCCGUGCGAUCCAGUCAAAUCCACUCGCCAGUGACCAGUUCAUGAUCAUACGAGACGGCCUCGUACACCUGUGUCGAUGGGAUGACACCGUCCAGCAUUCAAAAUUACAGAGCCUCCAACUCGGUUUUCCCGGGACGGAAAUAUCCUCAACUUGGACAGAAACAUAUCGAUGGAAUCGCAAAUGGCUUUUACAAAUGGCCAAAGUCCGAGGUGACCUGGAAGGUACGACCGUUCGAUGCUGGCCUAUUUCUUGUCUUCUGUCUGAGGAUGGACUGCCAGAGGCCGAAAUACUUCUGAAUCAUGACAACGGUUUCGGGCCUAAAUUUAGACACAUUCUUGGUCUGAGUGCAUCUCGCCUAAUUUUCCUGGAUUCGAGCCAUUGGGUUUGCAGCGUGGAUCUGGACACCUUCAAAACCUCGCCGCUUGCAAAGCGUCACUUCUUCAUUCUCCCUGAGUGGUUGAGGCCUGAUGGGAAACCUCUCUGCAGAAUCAUGGACAAUGAUGAUAUCAUUUUCGCCAAUGGUGACGGGCUUUCUAUCGUCAACAGCGGCUUGCACUUUGUCGAGUCGGUCGUGCCACAACGGGGUGGACAUUGGAGGGUAACCUCGGGAAGCAUGUACUCACGAACACCUAGCUCGACCAGCGCCAUAACCAUGCGACCAGCAGCUGGGGGACGGUUGUACUCAGCAAAUCUUAGGUCCGAUGAGGAGGUAGGAAUUUGAGACCGAUCGAAGCGUGGGUGAUGGCGGCUUUCUCGUGGACCUCACUCGUUGUGUUGUUGCUGCCAUAGUGGACCUUGAUUUUGGAUGCGAAGCGCGGGCUCUGGUAGAUGGCCCAUAAUGCCGUAUAUCAUAUCUCAACUGUCUUUGCAUAGUCUACCGACCGUCCCCAGGCGCAGAAGGUCCCGGAAGCAAUAUCCGGGCAUCGGCUCGAGCAGCGCAGACGCAUUUGCCACCUCCUGAAGUCGCGAGUCAACUCCAGCGAUAGGAUGACUGUUCACAAUUCGCGUUUAUAAUCUUGGCUGCUGGGUCUGUCUCGUGGGUAUACGGACAGGGAGGCGGGUUGCCAACGGCCACACAGCUGGUCCGCAGUUUUCCGGGAUACGUCGAGUUUCUGUCCAUAAC